CAUGUUUUAGGAACACUGCUGACACUGAACUCACGAGUGACGUGUGCAAAGUGCGACCUGCCAGUAUUAUUAUUAGUGUGCAACGUUACAGCAGACGGACUUUAAGGUCUUCACAGAUGGCUGCAGCUAUGGCCAACAGAGCGAUAGGAGCCAUCGUCGGAUCAGCAGUUGCGGACGCAGCAGCGCAGCCCUUGCACUGGGUGUACGACCUCCAGAAGCUGCAGGUGAUUCUGGCUCAGCAUCCAAACCCCGAGUUCUGCCCUGAGUCGGCCAACCCUUUCUACAGGAGGCAGACGGGCCAGCAGAGCUGCUACGGGGACCAGGCCGUGGUUCUGCUGGAGUCCCUCUCUGCAUGUGGGGGUCUGAAUGUUGACGAUCUGAAGCAGCGGACCCUCAAAUUCUUUGGUCCUGGAUCAGAGUAUGACACGCCUGUCAACGACCCUUACAGAGAGAGAGGAGGGCCGAGGCCUCAGCUGCCCAUCGAGGGCCCGUGGAGACACGCGAGUUUGAAGAGCUUCCUGAAGAACGUGGAUGCGGGCAAAGAGGAGACGGGCUGUGAGGACGACUGUCAGAUCGAUGGAAUCGCCAAACUGGCUCCUGUGGUGGCUUUUUACGCGGGAAAGCCGGACAUGCUGGAAAAGGUGGAGCAGGCGGUCCGCGUCACCCAGAACGAUGACGCAUGUGUGGCAGAGACCCUCGCAGCCGCAAGGUUCCUGGAGCAUUUCAUCCUGAACGGUCCUGAUCCCAAAGCCUUGGACUCAGUGCUGGACCAGCUCAGUGACCCCAACAGGAAGCAGCCCCAGGAUCUGGACAAAGCAAUCAUUGGGCACAUUCAUCAGGUGAAGGAGAAUCUCUCAAAGACUCCUCAGGAUCUGAUCCCCACCGUGUUUCCAAACACAUGAGGUUUGCCCGGUGCGUUCCAAGCGGCGCUCCAUGGAGUCCUGACGGCCACGUGCUACGAGCAGGCCGUCAGAGACACCAUGAGCUGCGGGGGAUGCACCUGUAGCCGAGGGUCCUUCAUUGGAGCCUGUCUCGGGGCCCAGAUUGGAUUUGAGGGAAUUCCAGCUUCCUGGACAUCCAAAACCCAGCGCUAUGCCUCGGUGCUGGAGCACGCCAAGAAGAUCACCAGACAACACCAAUAGUCUCUUUCUGGCAGCGUAAUGUGGCUGAGGGACAAAAUGGACAAAACGUUGAGCUUUCACAGGACAGUGAAUGAAGGUUCUCGCCCAAACAGUUGGACGGCAAGAGCCAGAUGUUUUUGUCUCUGAUGAAGUUAAAUAUGUUGGUCCAGAUGUUCAGUAGCUGAGUUCUUCUGCAAUAAAGUCAGCCUGAGAAAUA